AACACUUUCAGUUGAGCAAUUUUCGCACCUUCUAGUAUAUUUAUUACACAUAUAAAGCUAUAAAUAUCUAAAUAACCAUGUUAUACAUUCCAGAGAUUUUUUUUUACACCGUAUGACACUUUAAUGUCCGCGUAGUCGCUUAAAAUAUUUUGCCUCAGUUAGCCUUGCGCUAGCGCUGCAAGCGCGGCCUACUGCAGCCUCGGGUUUUCCUGAUAACUUAGUCCGCAGCGGGAAAUAAGACACCCGGGAGUGCGCGCGUUUGUAGUCCUGUCUUUCAAAUGCGCAGUACUCCACAUUAGAAAGGGAUGAUUUAGAUGACUACCAAAAUGGGAACAGAAAGUUGUUUAAGCAGUUCUCAGAUCAACAAGGUUGACAACGAAAAACUGGUAAGACCAAAAGCGCAGCUGAAAAGCCUGUUAGAGGAUGCAGGUGCAGAUAAAGAGGUUUUCACCAUGAAGGAGGUUAUGUUUUAUUUAGGGAAGUAUAUCAUGAGCAAGGAGUUGUACGACAAGCAGCAGCAACACAUUGUUCACUGUGGAGAGGAUCCUCUUGGUGCUGUUCUCGGGGUGAACAGCUUCUCCGUCAAAGAGCCCCGAGCUCUCUUUGCAUUGAUUAACAGAAACCUUAUUACAGUUAAAAAUCCAGAUACUCAUUCCACCUUCUCUGAACCCAGAAGUCUAAGUGAACCAGAUCGAGGGCCCGGGGACACUGAUUCAGACUCUCGCUCAUCUACCUCACAGCAGCAGCGCAGGAGGAGGAGAAGCAGUGAUCCUGAGAGUACUUCAGCUGAAGACGAGCCCAGGGAACGCAGAAAGAGGCACAAGUCCGACAGCUUCUCCCUGACAUUUGAUGACAGCCUGUCUUGGUGUGUGAUUGGCGGCCUGCACCGGGAGAGGGGGAACAGUGAGUCUUCGGACGCACAAAGCAACUCUGAUGUAGGUAUCUCUCACAGUGAGGGCAGUGAUGAAAGUGUGGACUCUGACUCUGAUAACUUCAGUGUGGAGUUUGAGGUGGAGUCCGUAGACUCUGACGCCUACAGUGAGAACGAUGAGGAUUCAUUGCCAGGAGAGAACGAGGUGUAUGAAGUCACAAUCUUUGCUGAGGAGGAAGAUUCGUUUGAUGAGGAUACCGAGAUAACCGAGGCAGACUACUGGAAGUGUGCCGGAUGUAACGAGCUCAACCCUCCUCUUCCUCGGAAUUGCAAAAGCUGCUGGAAAGUCCGACCUGGUUGGCUUCCAGAAACAUACUCCAGCAGUGAAAACACCUCCACUAACAAUCAACCCAGCACAGAAGACGCCAGCAUCCCCACAACUCCCAGCUCAGUCUCAGAUGACAAACUGCUUCCUACCAAACCCUCAAGCCCUCUUCCAGAAACAGACGAAGGAGUGGACAUGCCCGACGGCAAGUGCUCGCAAUCUCCCGGCGUCGCUAAAGACGAAUUAAUCUCCUCCACUGCCUCCGGCUCCCUAACCGAAUCUCAGACCUCAUCAUCGCAGCCCUCAACCUCUUCUGGUGGGGGCAGCAGCCAGGAAGAGACCCCCGAGCUAGAGCGCUACAACAGCCUGGAGGCCUGCCUGCCCGCCACCUGCCUUGAGCCCUGCGUCAUCUGUCAAAGUCGCCCCAAAAACGGCUGCAUUGUCCACGGAAGAACUGGACACCUUAUGGCUUGCUACACUUGCGCCAAGAAAUUAAAGAACCGGAACAAGUUGUGUCCGGUGUGCCGAGAGCCCAUUCAGUCAGUCGUGUUGACCUACAUGAGCUGAGGCACAACAGAUAUACCUCCUCUCCUCUCACAUGAAGUUCAGGGUGCUUAUGUUGCCUGAUCUUAUAGUUCUAAAACCUAUGAGUUCAAAUUCAAUAUAUGUAAUAUGUUUCUUAUUGAUGAAUAAAUUAUUUAUGACUCAAGCGAGGUUUUCGCUCACAUGCUGGGUAGCAAAUUCACAGAUCUGUGUUUUAAGGGUUGAGUUUAAGUGCUUGGAAUUAAAACUACUUAAGGGCUUGCAGAUUCUGUAUACAUUGUAUCAAUUACUAGAAAUGUUUGUAUUAAUUUAAUUUAUGUACAUGCAGAUGUAUAGGUUUCGUGUUAAUUUGCCGCACUGAAAUGUGUUUCUGAGUUGUAGCUCUUGAGACACCCCUUUAAUUUUGUUCCUCCUCUGGAAGGAAAUGCUCUUCUGCAAAGUUUUCUGCUGCAGUGACUCAAGUCUUUUUUUUUAGUGAGGCAUAAUAAAAGAUUAUUUUGAGGCUCUUCUGCUUUUACAGUACAAGUGAAA